GGUAAGACGCUGUAAACUAGUUCUCCGUACGUGUGUCUGCGAAGGUUUGCGCAACAACGACCGAGCAUUUACUGAACCAGGGACCCAGUCAAUUUCCGAGCUGGUUGAGUUGAUCUGUGAAGUUGUCAAAUCGUUUUUGCAGAAGACACAAUUAUGUCCGGAAACCAAGGUUACCCAGAGCAUAUAGAGCAUAUGCCAAGGUUGCCAGAAUACGAAUAUCCACCCCCUUGGAUACCAUACGCAGAGCGGAUGGACCACCCAGACUACAACACUGACCACAGACAGUUCCUCCCGAGGAAGAUUCAGCUGAUCCGAGAACGAGCAUCUGAGGCGCUGGGCUUCAACAUCCGAGGUGGCCGGGAACACUACUGUGGAGUCUAUGUGUCUAAGGUCAUGCCAAACAGUGAAGCGGACCGUCUGGGACUCAAGGAGGCAGAUCAGAUUUUGUUGGUGAAUGAUAUUGACUUUGAAAGUAUUGACCACAGUGAGGCUGUGAAGAUUCUCAAGAUAAACACCAACAUUCACAUGGUUGUGAGAUAUUUCCCUUAUGGUUAUGAUAAAACAUAUGAUAAAAACCGACCGAAUCAACAUCAAGCAAAUCAACCUGUCAUCAGUGACCCUUACCACGGACAAACAUGAUCAGUCGCCAGAGAAGGCUGAAACCAGUUGUGUCGUGGUCAUACCACUCUCAUUAAACAUUAUUAGAUUAGUUUCAUGGCAUAAGGCAAGUCACAUGUCCUUCUGCUUAGCUGAGGUCAUCCUGUUGUGUCAGGGUGUUCUUGUGGGGAUGGGGCAUGGGUAUUCUUGUGGGGGAGGGGCAUGGGUGGUCAUGUGGUUGAGGGGCAUGGGUGAUCUUGUGGCUGAGGGGCAUGGGUGGUCUUUUGUUUGAGGGGCAUGAGUGGUCUUGUGGUUGAGGGGCAUGGAUGGUCUUGUGGUUGAGGGGCAUGGGUGGUCUUGUGGUUGAGGGGCAUGGGUGAUCUUGUGGUUGAGGGGCAUGGGUGGUCUUGUGGUUGAGGGGCAUGGGUGAUCUUGUGGUUGAGGGGCAUGGGUGGUCUUGUGGUUGAGGGGCAUGGGUGGUCUUGUGGUUGAGGGGCAUGGGUGGUCUUGUGGUUGAGGGACAUGGGUGGUCUUGUGGCUGAGGGGCAUGGGUGGUCUUGUGGUUGAGGGGCAUGAGUGGUCUUGUGGUUGAGGGGCAUGGGUGGUCUUGUGGUUGAGGGGCAUUGGUGGUCUUGUGGUUGAGGGGCAUUGGUGGUCUUGUGGUUGAGGGGCAUGGGUGAUCUUGUGGUUGAGGGGCAUGAGUGGUCUUGUGGUUGAGGGGCAUGGGUGGUCUUGUGGUUGAGGGGCAUGGGUGGUCUUGUGGUUGAGGGGCAUGGGUGGUCUUGUGGGGGAGGGGCAUGGGUGGUCUUGUGG